UAUGCAUUGCAGAUACACACUUAUGUGGGCGCUUUCUGCGUUGUACUAGGAUUCUCAUCUCCGGUGCCAGUGAGGUCUUAGAAUGUAUAGAAGUCCAGACCUUCUUGAAGAUUUUGCCUAUCCGAAGGCCACGCGCUUUCAUCAUGUCUGUUGCACUCACUUUUGGUUCCUUCGGCGACAUCGUCUCGCUCGUUCAAGUCGCCACUAGCCUGGUUCGCGCGCUCACGAGUACUGCUGGCGCCUCAGAGAGUUAUCAGGGACUCGUGUUGGAUGUCACGCGCUUGUUAGACGUUCUGCCACAGCUGGAUCGAGCAGUCUCAAAUGACCCUGCGAAUGAUCAGCGAGAGCGAAUUCUUUCAAACGCCGAUCUAUCUGCAUGGGUUACACAAUGCAGGCUUAGCUUGGGCCGGAUCUUGCGUCGUGUUUCUUAUUAUCAGUCUCUGAUUGAGACUCGGGAUGCGGGACGUGCGUCUUGGAGAACGACAUGGCUGAAGGUUGGCUGGAUGUUGUUCAAACAUGCAGAGAUCGAACAGUACAGGGCGGAGCUGCGUGAUCAUAAUGCAAAGCUAGGUACGAUUUUGGCUACAAUGAACGGGGAUUGCUUGAGAAUAGUUCGCCAUGCCGUGGUACGCGCAGGAAAUGACACGGAGGACAUCUCGUCUCAGACAGCGGCAAUUAAUUGCAACGUGAUCUUGGCUUUGCAACUCCUACAGAGUAUCGAUGGACGCAUGACGAUACCAGACGAAUUGGGUCACCCAUGGAAUACUGAACAUGCCCAAGGAUUUGAAGACGUUUAUGGCCGUAAGUUCAUUAUACCAAGAGAGCUAUGCUUUAGUAUGGAGAUGUUUCGUGAUAUUGCUUCAUGGAUCUUACGUCCCAGAGGAAAAUAUUACUCAGAGUGCACUUAUAUUUGGCCGUAUUACCAAAACAAAGAGGUUGGAUCAACUGAUUGGUUGAUGCUUCAAGAUUACUUAGAAGCACACGGCGAUACAAUAAUCACGAUGUCCAUACUUGUGUACAUCAUCUUUGAUUCAAUUGAUGGGCCAUCGGGGAGUGUAGUCUCAAGUACAUCACAAACGUCAAUUGGACGCAUUUCGCCCGUUGCUUGUGUGGAGAGGCGAUUGCGAUGGAGAAUUCGUGGUAAUGGCAGGAUAGAAAUCGGCUUAUAAUAAGUAUACCCAGGACACUGCUGUAUGCCCUUUGCGCGCCAUGUUAACUACUGAUUCGUGAAACUCUGCAUGCCUUUACCCAAAAUGUGUUACCACAAAAGGCAUGACACCUUUCCGUCGGCAAUACCCGCGGUG